AUGGAGCCAGCUGCGCGGCCGCUGCAGCGACUGUAUCACUGGGCUGUUGAGCUACAGCGGGAUGAAAGCCCACCGUGGUGGACAGGAAAACUGUUCAACAACGAGCUGGUAUUUCGUCCCAAACCUUUUUAUAUCCAGGGUAUCCUGAUCGGUGCGCUGCUUGUGUUUCUCGUCUUUGCCAUGAUCGGCCGCCUGCGGAACCGGUGGCGCGUGCGUGCCUGGCACCAUACCUAUGCCAAAGCUCUUGAGAGUGAGUUUGCGCAGGUCGGCGCGGAGCCCGGGCAUGCAGUGCCCCCGCUUGUGUGGAAUGGCGCAGAUGAGGCAUGCUUGUUCGCGACAGGUCGUCGUGGUGUGUCCACGCUGCAUGCUACGCUCUCGCUGCGGCCACGUCACGACCCGCUACUCUGGACAGUCCAGCAUCUGUACGACAUUUUCACUCUGCCGGCCGUGCCAUGGUGCGGGCCUGACCGUCUGACGCUGACGCUGACGCUGCCUUCGACGCCGCGGAUCAACGGCGCCACUUUCGCGAUCAUUGACAAGACCGAGCUGCGGGCCAUGCGCCACGACCGCUUUGACAUGAAGUUUGCGCGCGUCCUAGACAGUGAGAAUGCCAGUGAGCUGCGUGGUUUGGAUGCGCGCUUUGCGAUUGCGUCCGAGUCGGGCGAUGCCACCGACCGUUGGCUCGGCGACAUAGGCCCGCGUGGCGACAAGCAGCGUGCCCGAUUGGGUGUGGCUGAACGGCUUCAUGGACCGGGCGGCCGCUUCUUUGUGUCGCUGCUGUAUACCGACCAGCCCGCACGCGAGCCGACAUCGGGCGCCGUGCCGGAGUCCGAGCGCGUGGAGCGUCUGGAGCUGACGAUGCGUGUGCCCCGCACGGCCUCUGAGGCUAGCGCGAGUCUGCCGCUCCUUGCGCUUGUGCUCGAUAUCGCGGAUGCCCUGGCUCAGACGUCCGCAGGCCGUUCCGACAUUCUUCAGCUGCGUCCUGAAACGUACACUUCACUCAAAAAGACGAGGGCACAGGUCGGCCAGGAACUGACGGAGCGGCACGCGCGUGAAGACAGGGCCGAGGCGGCGGGGGCUGAAGAGGAAGAGCGUCGGCGUGCGCAGCAGGAGAAAUUUGAGAAGCUCACGCCCGCCGAGCAGGCUAGGCGGAAAGACCUGGCCAAGCGGCGUGCACAGCGCAAGGCCCAAAUGACCCAAGCCAAGCGUUCAUAA